CUGAAAGUCAUAUUGACUCUCCACCACAUGCUCUGUGGAGGCUUUAUACAACUUGGGCUGGUGUUCAUCACAUCAGAGGAUUCUGGAUCAGUUGACAGUUGGAUCAGGUCAAAAACAAGUGUAAAAUCUGCACACUAGAGAAGACAGCCUUGACCAACCUUGACUUCUUAUUUAGUUCUUAUUUAUUUUUAUAUUUCCUUUUGGAGUGCAGUUUUUGAACUUUUGUCAGGUUCAUUUGUUGGCUCAGAUCAGUCAUGGACCGAGGUUCACUGUCCGCAUCAUUAUCGUCGUCUGAGGAGGAGGAAGAUUCUUCACCCUACAGCGCCAGUGCUCUCCUGCAGAACCCAGAGGAACAUGGGGCUACAGAGGAAUCAAGGUAUGCAUGUCCAAAACACCACAAGUGUGGAUGAUUAAACCCAGCUGACACAUUUGAUUUCUUGGAAGUUGUGGGAAUGUACGUUUUUGAUUUCCCAUUGGUUCUGGGAAUGAACCCAUACGUUUCCUGUCCGGUAAAACUGAACGUUUUUUAAUAAAUCUUCUGAGGACAAAAGUGAACUUUUAGCCUGUUCUGGGAACAUAACUUUUUUGGUUGCAGGGAGGUUCUGAGAACAUUUUACUGCUAGCUUAGGUUAACUGUUUUGAAUUCCAAGCACAGAUAUGACACAUAGAAAUUAAUUUGCUUAGGCAUUAAUCAUGCAAACACAUUAUGUUUAUUUUUCAUUUCUUGUGGCAUGGCAUCAGUGAGAUUCGAACCUAUGAUCUUCUGCUUGCUAUCCAUGGAAUAAGUCCACUACGCCACAAGGAUGGAGCUAGCAUGCCAUGUUCUUUUUUAACUUAUACAAAGCUGUUCAUUUUAGUCUAUUCAAACAGACCCCAUUUCAAAGGAAACAAACACUCAUUAAGAUCAGGUGUGGCCAAUUAGUGGGCGAGGACAACACAGCUGAACACACUUAACAAGAGAGGAUAGAGAUCGUUUGUUGAUGCUGAGAACAGAAUGUAUGUUUUUAAAUAACAUUCUUAGAACGUUUAUUGAACGUUACACACUUUUUCUUGUGUUUUUUAUGGAAACUUUUUGUUAUGUUCUGAGAACAUAACUUGAAAUAGAACCAUGAGGAAAUCUGUAGAAAAAACGUUAGGCUGAAGUUCUGAAAUUCCCACGGAACAACGUUGUUUCUUAACGUUCUCCGAACAAUUUGAGAACAUUACUUUAAAUAUAGCCGUAAGGAAACCUGUAGGAAACAUUAUGGAAAUGUUGUAUGCAAAUAACCAUAGGACAACCAGGCUCACCAGGUUCUAAGAAACAUAUGGUUCUUAGAACAUUAUGUGCUAGCUGGGAAAACACUUACAGUACAAUCAGUAAAUAACAGGGUGUGUGUGAAUAAAUCAUGUGUGGGUGAUUCCAGCUACAUUAAAAAAGGAACUUGGUAUGUCAGGGGAGUUUCCCAGGUCAAUAAGUUGAAUUGUCCCUCACUGUUCAGGUCACAUGACUACUGCUGAUGCUCUAUGACGUGUUCAGUAGCAUUAAGGGGGAACCAAGAACUCUGUUCUAGUUAUAGUAAAUGUCAGUGCACUACCACCUGUGCCAAUAAGGCACAGACUUCUCAGCAGAGGUUGUGGUGCACUCACAUACAAGAAAGCAAAAAAAAAUAUAUAUAUAUAUAUAUUUGGCAAUUUGUCUCCAAAUAAAACACUACUUAGACUGCAAUGCAAUUAUCUGUUUACUCCUGUGGAAUGACAUUGCAGAAUGAGAAUGAGAAUUAGAUAGUCCUGUUGCAUGGAAGUUGUCCUGAAGGUUUGUAGUAUAGAUAGUAUAGAUCUGAUAGUAGUAUAGCCUGCUACUGCACAGCACAUCAAUAGACAUUGGUGACGUCCCAAAUGUCCUCCUAUUCCCUAGAUAGUGCACUAAUUUUGUCCAGAGCUCUAUAGGCCCUGCUCAAAUGUAAUGCACUAUGAAGGGGAAUAGGGUGCCAUUUGGGACAUACAGUGCCUUGCAAAAGUAUUUAUCCCCCUUGGCGUUUUUCCUAUUUUGUUGCAUUACAACCUGUAAUUGAAAUUGAUUUUUGUUUGGAUUUCAUGUAAUGGACUUACACAAAAGUCAAAAUUGGUGAAGUGAAAUUAAAAAAAUAACUUGUUUAAAAAAAUUCUAAAAAAUAAAUAACGGAAAAGUGGUGCGUGCAUAUGUAUUCACCCCCUUUGCUAUGAAGACCCUAAAUAAGCUUUGGUGCAACCAAUUACCUUCAGAAGUCACAUAAUUAGUUAAAUAAAGUCCACCUGUGUGACCAAGGAGCUCUCCAAACAGGUCAGGGACAAAGUUGUGGAGAAGUACAGAUCAGGGUUGGGUUAUAACAAAAUAUCCUAAACUUUGAACAUCCCACGGAGCACCAUUAAAUCCAUUCUUAAAAAAUUGAAAUAAUAUGUCACCACAACAAACCUACCAAGAGAGGUCCGCCCACCAAAACUCACGGACCAGGCAAGGAGGGCAUUAAUCAGAGGCAACAGAGACCAAAGAUAACCCUGAAGGAGCUGCAAAGCUCCACAGCGGAGAUUGGAGUAUCUGUCCAUAGGACCACUUUAAGCCUUACACUCCACAGAGCUGGGCUUUACGGAAGAGUGGCCAGAAAAAAGCCAUUGCUGAAAGAAAAAAAUAAGUUAACACGUUUGGUGUUCGCCAAAAGCCAUGUGGGAGACUCCCCAAACAUAUGGAAGAAGGUACUCUGGUCAGAUGAGACAAAAAUUGAGCUUUUUGGCCAUCAAGGAAAACGCUAUGUCUGGCUUAAACCCAACACCUCUCAUCACCCCGAGAACACCAUGGUGGUGGCAGCAUCAUGCUGUGGGGAUGUUUUCAUUUUCAGGGACUGGGAAACUGGUCAGAAUUGAAGGAAUGAUGGAUGGCACUAAAUACAGGAAAAUUCUUGAGGGAAACCUGUUUCAGUCUUCCAGAGAUUUGAGACUGGGAUGGAGGUUCACCUUCCACCAGGACAAUGACCCUAAACAUACUGCUAAAGCAACACUUGAGUGGUUUAAGGGGAAACAUUUAAAUGUCUUGGAAUGGCCUAGUCAAAGCCCAGACCUCAAUCCAAUUGAGAAUCUGUGGUAUGACUUAAAGAUUUCUGUACACCAGCGGAACCCAUCCAACUUGAAGGAGCUGGAGCAGUUUUGCCAUGAAGAAUGGGCAAAAAUCCCAGUGGCUAGAUGUGCCAAGCUUAUAGAGACAUACCCCAAGAGACUUGCAGCUGUAAUUGCUGCAAAAUGUGGCUCUACAUAGUAUUGACUUUGGGGGGGGUGAAUAGUUAUGCACGCUCAAUCUUUCUAUUUUUUUCUCUUAUUUCUUGUUUGUUUCACAAUAAAAAAUAUUUUGCAUCUUCAAAGUGGUAGGCAUGUUGUGUAAAUCAAAUGAUACAAACCCCCAAAAAAUCCAUUUUAAUUCCAGGUUGUAAGGCAACAAAACAGGAAAAAUGCCAAGGGGGGUGAAUACUUUCGCAAGCCACUGUAGACAUUAUUUGGUUCAUAACGUGUAGGCCAGUAGUAAAGCCAUACUCCUUACUCAGAGAGAAUAAUAUUAUCCAUAGACCCUUUUCAUUUGUAUAGGAUAAUACAUUAUAUUCCCAACAUGGCAGCCUGCUAAAGACGAAGGAAGAUAUUAUUUCCCUUUCUUUUUCAUGCUAGAUUACAAUAAAUGACCAAACCGCCACGGGAAGAAAUGUAAUCUUGUUGUCCUUCCAAGACAGUGUUUAUGAUUGAAAACUUCCUUUAUCUGGGUCACAUUCAUCUGCUGUCCAAGAGGAAGGAAAUAUGGUGGAUAUUCAGGAGACAUAAGGGCUGGAGACUGGAUCCAUCUGUGAGGUUGAAUGGACCUGGACAAUUUGUUGAUGGAUAUGUUCUAUACUAUAUGAUUCAAGCCAAAUCAAACAGACAAAAUAGGGUGGUUAUGCCUCAAAAUUAGUGUUCUUUAAUUCUGAUGAUACCCUAGUUUUGAGAAAAAAAGAACAUUCUGGCAACAAGAGAUUAUAGUGCACCUAAUUUGCCUUAAACACACAAAAACAUCUUCACUGAAAUCAUUACCUUUGUCAUUGAGUUGAUGAAGCCAUCAAGCUUUGAACAAGGUGAUCUCAAGAGCCAAAGUUUCCUCCAGCCACAAGAAGCAUGCAGGCGGCACAGCACAGGGAUCAUUAGAUGGUGAUGAUGUGAAUCUGCUGCAGUUGACAAGUAGCUCACAGGGGAAUGUACUAGAUCAGGGGUAGGCAACCCUGUUCCAGGAGAGCCGCAGAUACUGAAGGAUUUCUGUUCCAUCUAGGCACCACACCUGACCAACUGGGCUAAUUAAUCGGUUCAGUGAUUGACUAAAUUCAACACACCUGGUCUUCUUCCAGGUUGGUUAAAUCAAAAACAUAGGACCAGGAUUGCCUACCCCUGUACUAGAUUGUAGAAUGUAUCAAGGAUGUGUUUUUCUCAUCUUAGACAAGACACACUUGAAGUGGUGAUAAACAUUGUUUGGGUGUUUGAGAGUGAUGGUGGGUGUAUUUGCAGGCAUGUGUGAAUGCUACAGGGUGUUACUGUGUGUGCAUGUGUGUAGGUGUGAGUUCAUGCUCCAUACCAUCUAAGUGUACUCUUUGUGAGUACAAGUAUGUGUCUAUCUGCUUGCAGGUACAGUAUGUUCAGGCGAGUGCUGUGGGUUUCCUACACAAUAUUCUCACUGUGUGUGUGUGUGUGUGUGUGUGUGUGUGUGUGUGUGUGUGUGUGUGUGUGUGUGUGUGUGUGUGUGUGUGUACACGUAUGUACAGGGCGGAGGAGAUUGUCCCUGCUGGUGAGAGGUUGCUGUCCGGGGAGGACCAGGGGUCUCUGAUCACUGACAGUAUGUCAGUCACGUCAGCUGACCAGGAGAAACUGCUGCUGCUCAACAGGAACACUGAGCUACGACGAGUCAACAAAGAGGUGACACACAAAACUACACCGCACCUAACUACAGGAAUGAAACCAGAAACUACACCGCACCUAACUACAGGAAUUAAACCAGAGACAAGUGUACCACAUUCUGUGAAUACAAACUAUUUCGGAAGAGGCCAGAAAGGAUGAUGGUGAUGAUAAUGUAUGUCUGUGUUAGCUGAUGAUGAUAAUGGUGAUGACGAUGAUGAUCAUGAUGAUCAUGACGAUGUGUUUAUGUCGUAGCUGAUGAUGAUAUUGAUGUGUCUGUGUUAGUUGAUGAAGCUGAAUGAAGACUGGGAUCAUGUGUAUCGCAGCACCACUCUGAGUCUCCAGCAGAGAGUGGAGACUCUGGAGCAGGAGAACAACACAGUCAAACAACUCAACAACACACUGCUGCUCAAAGUAGACCACGAACAGGUACCGACCGACCGGGCAGAGGACACACACGUACACACGCACAAACAGAUGAAUGCAUGUGCACACACAAACACACUGACAGACACACACACACACACUGACUGUAUCCUGACUGUGUUUCUGUAGAACAAGAGGGAGUACUAUGAACACACACUGAUGCAGGAGUUGAAGAAGAACCAGCAGCUACAUGAAUACGUCAGAUUGCUGGAGAAUAGACUACAUCACACAGACACCACCAGAGACUGGACAAUGGGCACACAGGUGCGUCCAUUGACUAUUAUUAUUAUUACCUCUAGAUGCUUUUAAAAGUGGCUGUAUGUCCUGCUUUCCUUGAGAAUGUAUAUAUAAUAUCUAUACUACAUAUUAUAUAUAUAUAUAUAUAAUAUAUAUCUAUGCAUCUACCCUCUCCUUCCAUCCUGUAGACCAGUAUGAGCACUGUGACCCAUCUUCCAGAAACCACCCCAAUCUCUGAUGCUCCUGGGGGGCCAACUCUGUCCCCCAGCCUCAACCAUCGCACCAUACCCGGCCUCUCCUCCUCCUCCUCCUCCUCCUCCAGCCAUGGCCCACCAUCCCACCUCUUCUCCUCCUCCACCCCAGAUCGAGGGGCCCGGAGUGGGGGUAGAAUCAGCAGUGGCCCCUACAGGGCACUAGAGGACCCAGCUGACCCCCAGAAGGAGGUGCAAGAACUAAAGGAGCAGCUGGAGGCCCUCAGAUGCCAGGUAAGUCACCUCACCUCCCCCAUCCACUCCCUUCUCCCUCCUCCUCCAUACCACCUCCAGUCCCUCCUCCUUACCCCAUCCACUCUCUCCUCCAUACCUCCUCCACACCCUCCUCCCUCCCUUCCAUUCCCCCUCCACACCCUCCCCCCUCCUCUUCCAUACCACCUCCACUCCCUCCUCCUCCAUACCCCAUGUCUCACCUACUGUGUUUCACCCAGCAUUAACUACCAGUAUCCCUGUCCUCUGUCCAGACUGUGUUUCACCCAGCAUUAACUACCAGUAUCCCUGUCCUCUGUCCAGACUGUGUUUAACCCAGCAUUAACUACCAGUAUCCCUGUCCUCUGUCCAGACUGUUAUUUAUGAAGCAGACUACCAGACGGAGCACAAGGACCACAAACACACCCAGCAGGAAAACCAGAGACUGAGGAGGAAGAGAGAGGAGAUGAGACAACAGAUGGCCCUACUGCAGGAGCAGGUAGUGGAUACACACACACACACACACACACACACACACACACACACACACACACACACUCUUACACACUCUCACACACACUCUCUCACACACACACACACACACAAACUCUCACACACACACACACACACUCUCACACACACACACAAACUCUCACACACACACACACUCUCUCUCUCUCACACACACACACACACUCUCUCUCACACACACACACACUCUCACACACACACACACAAACUCUUACACACACACACACUCUCAUACACACACACUCUCACACACACACACAUACACACACACAAACUCACACACAUACACACACACACACACACACACACAAGCACGUACACACACACAAACACACACAUAUACACACACACACAUAUAUAUAUAUAUCAAUUAUACACACUAACACACACCUGAAUGAAUAAUGACAGCUGGGCAUACGGGAUGUAUCGUAACAGAUGAGGACAUAAACUGACAUUGGGUUAAGUUGAAUGUGAAUAUAAUGUGACACAACAUAUCCGUAAUGACCAUAUGUUUCAUUAGAAGUCGUCUGGGAGAUGUGCUGCAUGUGAAUGUACCAACAGGGCCUUGCUGUAAAGAUCAUUUUUAUUUUAUAUGCUAGGGUCAGAGUCCAUUCCAUUUUAGGAGAUGCAUUGAAACUUCAAUUCCAAAUUGUAAUGGAUUUUCAAAAGGAAUUAAUCAAAUAGGGAUAUAUUUCUUGAAUUGACUAAAAACGAUAUAACUAACUAACUAACUAAUCACUGUCUCUGGUCUCCUGUGUCCAGCUCAAGGUGUAUGAGGAUGACUUUAGGAAGGAGCGGUCAGACAAGCAGGUCCUGCAGCGUCUACUGAUGAAGAAAAGUCCAGCUCUGGUCAAACAGCCUGUCCUGGUCCACCGCUGUAAUAAUGAGCAGCAGCCUGCAGGGGGAGACAGAGAGAGGAGGAAGAGAGAGGAGCAGAGAGGUGCUCACCCCAGUACAGCACAACCAGACCACCACCCGCUGUGCCCCAAACACUGUGAGAGGAGGAACACUGAAGAGUCCUCA